UAUAACAAGCUAUACGUCACCCUUGAGACUGACUUUCCAUCUACAAAAAUUAUUUGUCACUAUGAGAUAAAAUAUGAACCAAUAAUUGACCAAAAUAAAUUGUUAAUGGUGAGUGAAGUUGCUGGCUUAUUAGUGCUUAGUAAGGAAGAUAGAUAUGUGGCCCUUGAAGA